AUGCGCUUACGUUUGAACCUUGUUUGCACUAUGAUUGUAGCUACGGUCGCACAGGGCGUUAUCCUAAUGCAUUCGUUCCACCAAAGAUACGAGAGGCCUCUAUUAUAUAUAUGCGAUUGUCUUCCAUCUAAUCUUUUACAUCGGCGGUGGAAGGUGCGCCAUUAUCAUCAACACGAUGAUAAUCCUAAUGUACCCUUAAUCAUAAGCUCGAGCAGAUUUUUGAUUAAUACAGUAUUAGACCUAUUUAUAAUCUUAAGGUUCUAUACCGGGCACUUAAGGCCAACUAUUGCAAUUAUUAGGUUUAUCUAUGAUAGCUUCUCCGCUCUCGUGGGAGUUAACAUAUUCGCCUAUAUUGCUAAAUUCUACAUAAGGGAGGCGGCUAAUCGAAACCAUUUUCAAGAUAGCAUCGCGGCACUUAAGACGCUGCUUCGACCAAGCGUCUAUAUAUCUAGGAAAUCCGUUUAUAAAAACCCUAUCUACCUCUGUAUUUUCCAUAAGAUUAUAUAA